UGCUGCUGCCGCAACCGUUGCUGCAUGAGGACUGGCCAGGACUAUCUGAGUGUUUCCUGGGGCCGACUCUGAGUCGCUCAGUGUGGGAAGCCUCAGUAGGCCCAAUAAGAGCGGAAAACGCUGGCGCAGCGGAGCGUUUGCGAUCGACUUCGGAGCAAGGGCCACACAACGAGCUCUUCAGAGGAGUUUCCACCGUCGAAGCCAUCGCCGUCGUCCCCGGGCGGACCAGGAUGGGGCUCCCGUUGCGAUUAUUCUCUUACUGAGGUCCGGAUAUCGCCGAUAAUCAUCGACCGUGGCGAAUCACCAGCUGAUAUCUCUCGCGCUUGAUGUACAGCUCUAGCUGCAAGAGUAUUCAUCAGCUUGUUCCUCCGCAGUCGCCAGCCUCGGUGUGUGCUUGUGGGUGUUCCUGAAGUGAACUUGAUUGGAAAUCCUCAGAGGAGCCUUGAAAAUGAACGAAUACCAAUGGGCGUAUUCCUUGGUGGACUCCAGUCGAGUUUCAACUUUCCUCAUUUCGAUUCUGCUCAUUGUCUACGGGAGUUUUCGAUCUCUCAACAUGGAACAGGAAGCUAAGCUCAGGGAGAAAGAAGCCCGGUGCAAUCUGCUGAGGGAGGGCGAAAAAGGUCCAUCUGAUUCCAACAAUGUUCAAACCCUGGACACAAUGCAGGCCUUGUGUCUACCGUUGGGAGCGAGUGUCUCAUUGCUUGUGAUGUUCUUCUUUUUCGACUCGAUGCAGAUGCUUUUCGCAGUGGCUACUGCCGUCGUGGCAACGGUGGCCCUAGCAUUUCUUCUUCUCCCCAUGUGCCAGUACAUCAUUAGACCAUGUUCCAAUGGACAAAAAGUUUCACUGGGGAUCUGCGGGCGAUUCACGGCAGCUGAAAUGGUGUCCUUCGCAUUAUCUUUGGGCAUCGUCUGCGUCUGGGUUCUCACGGGUCAUUGGUUGCUGAUGGACGCUAUGGGUAUGGGACUCUGCGUCGCCUUCAUUGCGUUCGUCCGCCUGCCUUCUCUGAAAGUGUCGACGCUGCUCCUCACCGGACUCUUGAUCUACGACGUGUUUUGGGUGUUUUUCUCGUCCUAUAUUUUCAAUGCGAACGUUAUGGUGAAAGUCGCUACGAGACCCGCGGACAAUCCAGUGGGCGCACUUUCUCGAAAACUCCACAUAACUGCCCAAAAUGAAGGCCCCAAGCUGUCUCUUCCUGGAAAACUCGUUUUUCCGUCCUGUAGAUCGGCGGGGUCGGUGAAGGUCUCUAACUGAGGUCGCACUUGCGUUUCAGGUUUGCUCCUGUGCUUCGUUCUCCGGUACGAUGCUUACAAGAAAGCACAGCUCUUGAGCUCAGCUGAAGCUGGCGUUCCCCUGCCGCCUCCCUUGCCUCUGUCUUUGUAUCGGAUCUCCUAUUUCCACUGCUCACUCAUUGGCUACUUUCUCGGCCUGCUUACGGCUACCGUGAGCUCCGAAGUAUUCAAAGCUGCUCAGCCUGCAUUACUGUAUCUUGUUCCAUUCACUUUGCUGCCUUUGCUCGUUAUGGCUUACCUAAAAGGAGAUUUACGUCGGAUGUGGAGUGAACCAUUCCACACAGUUCCCAUGUCGAAGCACCUCGACGUCUAGCUCCAAUCUAUCC